CUCAAGGAAGUACAACUCAGCACUACCUUGAGACAGGCUGGUGAGCACUGAUACAGGCACCGCGGGAGGGCUGACUCUACUUUGGGGGGGGGGAGCAUUUCUGGUUUUCCUCAUGGUAAACAUGAAGGGAUCUCCUUAAAACAAACAGCCUGCACUGUCAACCUGAAACACGUGCAGAGACGGAAAGAGAGAAAUCUGACAGAGGAGGCGGCUGGGAGACCGAACACACCACAGAACACCAUGGAGUCCUUCAGCUCAAAGGACAUGGCCCUGAAGGCCCAGAAGAAAAUCCUCAGCAGCAUGGCCAACAAAUCCUCCGUCCAAGCGUUCAUUGAUGACACCACAAGUGAGAUUCUGGAUGAGCUGUACCGCGUCUCCAAGGAGUACUCAGGCAAUCGCAGCGAGGCCCAAAAAGUGAUUAAGAACCUGAUCAAGAUAGCAGUGAAAAUCGGCGUGCUCUUCAAACACAACCGUUUCAACACAGAGGAACUGAGGGUGGCCCAGGACUUCAAGAAGAAGCUGCACCAAGGGGCCAUGACGGCUAUAAGCUUCCAUGAGGUGGAGUUCACCUUUGACAAGGAGGUGAUGUCUGAGCUCCUGACCGGCUGCAGGGAUUUGCUCCUCAUGCUGGUCAACAGCCAUCUCACCCCCAAGUCCCAUGGUCGAAUCAACCACAUCUUCAACCAUUACUCUGAUCCUGAGCUCCUAACCCAACUGUACAACCCCGACGGACCCUUCCGGCCCAAUCUCUCAAAGAUCUGCACUGGACUAAACAAACUCCUGGAGGAUGGGACGAUAUGAGAGAGACUGAAAGAAAAAUGCCCCUGGGAGAUUCGCAGACAAGUCUGACCGACUUAGGACUGAGAGUUUGUUGGUGAGAAUUGGUCUAACUGUUAGUGAGAAGCAGGGAGAGAAGGGAGAAGUGAACUCAGUCCAGCACUGCGGUUCAUUCACUCUGACAGAACACAUCAAAAAGAGGGAAGAAAAAUAAAGCUGGUUGACUUACUGUCAUGACACAAGUGGUUUUUAGAUCAAACUCAUCUGUACCUCCAAAAAUCCUUCUGUGAUAGAAAUCUUGCUAUUGCUAAGUAUUCUGUUUGAUACGGGUACUCAGCGCAAUAAUCCUUUACGCGGCGUUUUGAAAAGGACAGUGCUGUCAUUUUCAGCUGGACAACAUGGGACAAUUUCUGGAGUUUGUGGAAACCAGACAUCAAAUGUUUCAUAUUUGAGACCUUUGAACAAUAAAUUUAAAAUAAUUAAUGUUAUACUGUUAAUGAGUUGGGUGCAAUUCAAGUUACCGCACAAGAUGGCCAUUUGUAAAGUGAUAAAGCAUUGCCCCCUGGUGGUCAAAUGUUUGCUACUGCGGGAUACACACACAAUGCAGAACAUUCAUGUAGAAAAACUGUUUUUUUUCUGUUUUUUUUUAAACGAUGUUUGGUACACCACAGCCCGAAAACCAUGUCAAGUAGCAUCAUCUUAAAUAACAUUCACUGUGCUAGUUUUAAUGUUGAGUUUAUAAUCCACAUAUUCCAUGGAUUUUGCAACAGUUAUUGGCUGAUUUCAAGAGAAGUGUUUUGCUUUCUCAUGGGAAUGAGAUUUAGAACUGCCAGAUUUUACAGAUCUAAAAUAAAAGACAUGAUUUAACACGAACAACCAAUGGUAAGUGAGGC